UUUUACUUAAUAACAAAUAACGGCUGUCGAAAGCUCAGUUUGAUAAUCAUCCGUAUCGCCCAACGGUUUUCAUCGCUGAUAUCGUGCCAAGAGAACAGCUUGGCAAUCAAUAGACCUGGCAGGCGAGUAUGCAGCAGUAAUAAACCGCGCGUGCAUCACGAUGUUGGACCUCAAUGGCAAUCCCGCGACCAGCUAUGAUCCCGAUCAACAGGUCUGGAGUGGAUGCAGCCUGCAGAGUCUCUACAACGAGGAUCUGACCGUGGGCCAGAUCAUCUUCCGGCAGCUGCAGCGGCAACCCCAAAGGAUAUUCCAGAUUUCUCACACGGAUAAUACCCGGCUAACGCGGUACCAGAUGCUUCAAAAUGCCACCAAGAUUGGUUGCUACCUCCGGGAUAAGUGUUUCAAGAAGGAGACGGACUUGGUGGGACUCAUGGCACGCAACUCCACGCAUGUGGCUGCCCUGGCCUACGGCUGUUUGUUCAACGGAACUCCGUUUCACGCCGUUAACCCCAGUCUGGAGCACAAUACAAUCGCCAGUCUCUACAAGGUCACCAGGCCACGCAUCCUGUGCUGUGACAUUGCAGACUACGAAAAGAUUAAGGACAUAGGAGCCUCGCUGGGGGCUCUGAUCAUCACCGUUAACGGAAAGCUGCCAGGUAUAAUGAGCGUUGCGGAUCUGCUGCAGAAUCCCCUUCCCGAUGACUAUGAGCCCGCCCAGUUCCAGCGAGGUGUCGAUCGCACCAUGGCCAUCCUCUGCUCCUCGGGCACCACAGGAACUCCCAAGGCGGUUACCCUCUCGAACAGCCGCAAGCUAUUCGAAAUGCACAGCUAUCUGGGACCCGAUGAUGUUCAAUACGCUCCCAGCACUUUGGAUUGGCUAACAGGACUCAUUACCCUGGUCACAGCUGCCGUAUUUGGCACAGUUCGCCUGAUUUCCAGUGAAAUGUUCAGUACCGCACACUUCCUGGACAUUUGUGAGCAGCACGAAAUCUCCUGGACCAUCAUGGCCAACUCCCAUGUGGCCAUGUUGGCCAAUUGUCCGAAAACCAGUGCUCAGAAACUGAGAAGUCUCAGGCAUCUGCUCUUUGCCGGAGGUCAUUGUUUGGUGACGACUUUAAAGAAGAUGCAGUCCUUCCUACACGGAUCGGGUAUUCUUCGAAAUGCCUAUGGCUUGACCGAGGUGGGAACACUAAUAUCCUAUAACUACGACACCCAAUCCAAGCCCGCAUCUGUGGGUCGCCUAUUGGCGAACAUUCGAGUGAAAGUUGUUGACUCGUCGGGACAGUUGCAAGGACCGAAAGGAUUGGGUGAGGUCCUCUGCCACAACGGGCAACCCUGGAGCGGUUAUGUGGGAAACCCUCAGGCCACCGCCGAGAUGAGAGAUUCAGCGGGGUGGUACCAUACUGGAGAUGUUGGAUACUUCGAUGAGGAUAACUACCUGCACAUCGUUGAGCGCAAAAAGGACAUGCUGAAAUACCUGGGCAUGAUGUACUAUCCCCACGAAGUGGAGGAAGUAAUCGCCCAGAUGCCCGACGUUGCAGAGGUUUGUGUUUUCGGGAUAUUUCGGGAGAUGGAGGGCGAUGCCGCUGCUGCAUCCGUGGUUCUGCGGUCCGGGAGCCAACUAGAUCCUAAGCAUGUGGAGCAGUAUGUGCGGAAAAACAUUUCCGUGCAGUUCAAACAUCUCCACGGCGGCGUCCAGUUCGUUCCACAGCUGGCGAAGAGCGCCAACGGAAAGGUCAAUCGGCAGGCGGUGAAGGCGGCCUACUUGAAAGAUGCGACCCAGCCCUAG